GUCCGGUCUUUAAGUGACCACCAGUACUAGAACCCACCCCCAACUGACGGUAUUUUCAUAUUGAUAAGAAAAAAUGGCCCUCUUUAGUAAGUAAAUACCACAAGUAUGUCAGACACUUUCAAUUGAUACGAUCUAUAUACUUGUAUAAAUUYAUAAUAGAUCUGUUGAACAAAAACAGAACCAAUCCAAUCACCCAAAUAUUAAGCUUAUUUCAACUGAAGAGGUGGUGCAAAGUGUACAAAUAUCUGUACGGAGGUAGUACAUGAUUUCMUACUGUUGCAAAAAUAAAAUAUGCAUUAAAGUCUUAAUCCCCACGGUAGGUUGUAUCGUACGUGUCGUUGCUCUCUUAUUUUUAAAUCGAAAGUGGGAAAGCUACGAAGAGUAAGAACAACAUCGCCCMACUCGUUUUUGACAAUUCAAAUUCAAAUUCAGGAAUCUUAAAUACAUUGCAAUUACCUGGUACGAAAUACUAUCGUACAUCCUGUACGUAAAUACUACGAAGACGAGUUGCUCGUACGUACGUACGUACGUACCUUGCUUCGUUAACCGGAUCGUACGGUAGUACCUACGGGUACGGUGGGGAUUUGUGGAUGACUUCUCAGAAAUCAAAACCACAAAAAAAUGCCGCAAUUACAGUUUGAUGCAGUACAUUCAUUUUCGUCAAUACCUUCUGAAGAGGUCUAUUGUCUCCUAAUGUGUUUUCAUGGAUUAAUGGAUAGAUUSAAUCAAAGAAAUUGUUUAGAAAGAUGACAGMAACAACYAUACGUUCGAGCACCGCGAAGAGACCAGGUAACAUCGGCGUCCUAUUAUUGCUGAUUUCAAUUUUGGCUCAUGGAAUUCUUUUCUCGACUUGCUCUGUCAAGCCAUCGAUGGAAAGUAUUCAACUGCAGUUCGAAGAUAACAUGGAGGAACACGCUACUCUCGAGGACAACAAUGAAGUACACUCCAGUCAAACGCAGCAGCAAGAAGCAGAACAGCAACAGCAGCAACAACAGCAACAACAGCAACAACAACAACAACAACAACAACAACAACAACAACAACAACAACAACAACGCCUGCGGAACAGAAUGCAGCAGCAUGAAACGAAACACCCACUCCCGCACUGGAGGCUUGCAACGGAUUGCUCUUCUUACAACUUGGAUUGUUUCACGAAAGCGCAAAGAGAGAAAAAAUAUUUGCCGUACCCAUUCUCCUCUUCCUUGAGAGAUCAAAUUGAAUUGGAAUCACCAAAAUCCAAUAUGGGCGAAUGGUCGGUUGAAAGAAUCGAUCGGGUUCCCACAGAUUGGAUCAAAAACGUGGAAAAGAGGAACUUAUUUGGAGCCGAAAAGAAGGAAAAUGCAAACCCGAUCGAAGAACGAAACUACUUGUAUCCGCCUACAGUCCCAGAAAACGAGUAUAAAUUUUGUCUCGAUGUCGCACUCAAUCAAAACAAAAGCACAAUUGAGCAACUCGAUGUUCUUUUCUCGRAAAAUUCUCCCAUUAUCGUUCGCGAACCGGACACAAACAUGAUCGCAUUCACUAUAUCCGAUUACAGUUACAUUCAGGACAUGCUCCACGAGGUGUUCCAAAUGAUGGACGAGACAGUAGGCUUUUCUCCCAAGCACUUCUUCCUAGUUGCCAUCGAUCAAGUUUCUGUUGAGUUGGCAUGUCGAUACGGAUACCCCGUUGUAUGGUGGAAAGCCGAUGAGGGCAACCUGAAAGAUGCUGUUGCCAACACAAAGGUCACUCUAUCCCACGAGCUCGUGAAACGUGGAUACGACUAUUUGUUUACAGAAAUGGAUGUCUGGUGGAUCCGCUCUCCCAAACCGCAUCUGGUGGAUUUUCAAAACAAGCAUAAGGAAAAGCAGAAAGACGCGCCUCACAUUUAUUUCUCGGGACACCAGAACAAUCCAACAGCACCCAACAUCGGAGUGUACGCUGUGAAGGCGGAUAAAUAUUCUGAAGAAUAUUUUCGUGUGUGCCUAGAUGCCUUGAAAGCAAAACCAGAAACUCAUGAUCAGUGGGUUCUGGCCGAAGUCUUUCGCCUUUUUCAUCACAUCUACGAAGGCCGACCCUAUAAAUUCGGCGGAAGGUUUCAGCCAGACGGCCCACCGGAAACCCCGGAGAUCGAAAAUCCMUUUAAGGCAAUGCUAUUCUCUCCCCAUGAGGUCGUUGCCGACGAGCGACCCAUGCCAGGCCAAAAGACGCUAGCCAUCCAUACUCUCAACAGCCUGCCGUUGCAAAUGCCACACGGAAAAAAAAUGGUUGCGAAAGAACUCGGGGUCUUUUAUGGCUUUCGUUCGCAUCCACGUUCCGAUUCCUAUGGAUAUAUGCCCAAUACUACGAAUAAUGAYACCGUGGCUGCUGGAUAUUAUGAUCGAGAAGGCAAAGACUACAGACGUUUUAUGUGGUUGGACACUGACGUUCGAAGCAAUUUUUAUUCGAUUGUGGAGAACAAACGAUACCAUGACCACUUUACUAUGGAAUGGACAAUGGCCAUACUAAUUGCCAUUGCACGGAAAACCGAUCGAAUCCUGGUUCUGCCCCAGAUUUUCAAUUCCGAUAUGGAUGCGGGAACCUAUUUUGCAUGGAGCAUCAUGGACUACUCUAAAGUCAGUGGUAUGGUCGAUUUCCGGGAGACCAAUUUUUUGAGCAAUCCGAAGGCGUGGAGAAAGGACAGGGGGGACAGUGAUUGGCCGUUUGAAUCUGUGUUCAACACUGGUCUUUUCCUAGCAAACGAUCCACCGAACAGUGUAAYGAUUUUCACUCAAUUCUCGAACCGAUCCUCUACUGUAUCAAGCAAAGCCUGGAGAGCAACUCUCCAUGAAUGGGACUGGUUGGAUGCUUGGGUGGGUUCUGUGCUUGCCGCUCCAGAAGCGGAAUCGGCAGAAGUCUUGCUUGUCAAUCCUGACGUUUUGAUGGAUACCGGAAAAAUGUGGAGCAUAGUAAACCGGCUGARGGCUUAUAAGAAAUUUGAAGAAGAACAAGAAAUCUUGGAUGCUGACGACGCCAAUGACCAAAACAACAAGGGGAGGAAACAACACCCUCCUCCUCUGCUUGGGCACAUGGARUGGGAGAUUCUCAAAAUCUACGAUUUACUUGGCUGGUGCUGGGAUAGGGGGAUGCAACACACAGUGAGUAAAGUGAGCGGUUCGGACUCGUGUUAUGGAAUCGGAAAUCCAAGAAACUACUAGGAGAGCAUCCGUUUGAGUUGUCCAUCACUUUUUGAAUCGAUUGCUGUUUUCCAUCUUCAUGAAGAAUGUGGCAAUUCCGACAUCUGAAUGGCAAUUUUGUUCUUGCUGUUCAGUUAGUGUGUGAGAAUGAAACCAUUGUGAGCGACAUGAAAAAAGGUAGCGGGGAGGAAACGCGGGGCUGACCAACCGCAGUAAAGUUUCAAAUAGAUUAACUCGACGUACAACAACUUAAGCGUGUUGAUUUUGAUUGUAUCAUUGUUGKUAUUUGAUUUUCUUUUUGGUGUCUCCCGAUUCUUCAAUUCAAUGCCAUUCCACCAGAAAAGCAGACGUUUGCAUACAAGUAGUUCAGAACGAAAUAGAACACGAUAUAUUGU